AUGUGGCUAAAUAUAAUUUGCUUAAUAAUCUUAGUCAUUUUAAUUUGUUACCUUCAAACUGAUAAGAAAAAAUAUAAAUCUGUAAGGGGAAAUGGAAAUGGAAUUUUAUUAAAACGAAGAAGAAGUCAACAAAAAUCAUCUUCAAAACAAGCUGAAAGUACUACCGCUUCUUCUUUUGUUGCUAGACUUUUUGGUGAUCAGGUUCCUAGUCAACCUAAUCCAAAAAAUGAAUCUAAAAAAUUACGUCAGAGUGAUUCAAGAAAAAUUGUUGAUUCUCAAAUUGUUGAUUCUCAAAUUGUUGAUUCUCAAAUUGUUGAUUCUCAAAUUGUUGAUUCUCAAUUACAAUAUCAAUUCCAAACUGCUUAG